UCCUCACUACUGAAUUUAUUAUGAAGCCUGGAGAUAUCGUGGUGACAAGCAUAACCAAUGUUUCCAUCUCUCUGGCCUGGGAGGGACCUGCAGAAAUGAAUGGCACCCAGUAUAAUUUCAGCAUUACCUACAAUUCUUCUGAUAUGAAUGAAACCAAAAUAGAAGUGUCAAACUUCACCACAAUAACUGACUUACUUCCUGGAACCAAGUACACCAUCAGUGUAGCAACUAUUAAUGAUAAUGACACAAAGAGUGCUCCUGUGGUUAGAAGUGUGUUUACUCAACCAAAGGCCAUGACCAGUGUAACCCUUGUGAAUAGCAACACCACUUCAAUUACUCCGAGAUGGGACAGUCAAUCAGACUAUGAUGCUGGGUACAUGUCGGUGGAGCCGACUGGAGAUCCAUUUUCAAAUAGCACUGUUACUGAUGGGUCUAUAACAGUGGUGGAUCUGAGCCCUGGGACCAAUCACACAUUCAACACGAGUGCACUGACAGCAGAUGGGACAACAUUUCCGGUAACAGAUUCUUUUACAACAGAGCCCAAUCCAGUACUGAAUGUUAUGGUGGUGGAAGCUGGCACCAACUUUGUAAUCCUGACUUGGACGCAACCACCAGAUCAUAAAGAAGGGUAUGAGUACAUGGUGCUGACCAAGGGAAACCCAGCCCCUUCUGGUGAUAAUGGAAACAUAACUGUGAAAAGUGCGAAUGCUACUAUCGAAGGACUGACAUCUGGAACCAAGUAUAAUUUUACCGUGAUAACACUGGCAGCAGAUGGGACUCCGUCAACUGCAGUGACGGAAUCUAACUACACAAGACCUGUCCAGGUACCACAAGGGAAUAUUACAGUUGAAAAUAAUGACACGACAGACACUUUAAUUGUCUCCUGGGUUUCUCCUUCUGGCAAUGUGGAGAACUUCUUUGUCGUUCUGAAUAGCUCAACCAUCAGCACGGAUACCGUAAUGCCUGUACAAUUCCACAGACUUCAACCUGGGCGAGAGUACAACGUCACUGUGAUUACAAGCAGUGGACCUUUCAAUGUUACUUCUGACAAUAAGCUUGGUAUAACAGUUCCCAGUACUCCUGGAAGGGUUACUGUGACCAACUUCAGCACCAGUUUCAUCUCACUAAACUGGGGAGCACCUGCAAACAUGGAUGUCGGACAUUAUACUUUCAACGUCACCUACGACAAUGGUUCCAAUGCUGAGACAAUAACAGCAAAUACAAACUCCAUCACAAUUUCAAAUCUCACUUCUGGAACUAAGUAUUUAAUUUCUGUGGUGACUGUUGGACCUGGUAAUUUGCCGAGUGGACCUGUGACAAUAACUCAAUACACAAAGCCAAACCCAGUGAGGAAUGUACAGAUUGCCCAUGUUACCACAAACUCCAUAACUUUUAAUUGGACCCAACCAUUAGAAUACGGAAAUGAGUAUUCAUAUAGGGUAGAGACUAAGAAAAGUGGCACAUCUUCUGGCAACAUUAGAAACAAAAUUGUAACAAAUGAACAAAUUACUGUGGAAGAUUUGAUCCCUGGAACUAACUAUACCUUCAGCAUUAGCACCCUGGCAGCAGAUAACACAUCAGCUGAUGCUGUGAUGGCAUCGAGCUACACAAGACCUAUCCAGAUACCAACUGAGAACAUCACUGUGGAUAAUAACGGCACAACACGUACGUUGAUCAUCUCCUGGGAUGCCCCUCCUGGCAAUGUGGAGAAAUUCUUUGUAUAUGUUCAAGAUACAGGAGGUGCAACGCAAGUCCAAAGCGCAGACUCCACGUUGCCUCUAACAUUCACCAACCUUCAGCCUGGGAGAGAGUACAGUGUCACUGUGGUAACUAACAGUGGACCUUUCAAUGAAACCUCUGACAUUGUGCGAGGUGUAACAGUUCCCAGCAUUCCUGGGGCUAUCAAUGUGACUGACUUUGGUACAACUUUCAUCACAUUAAACUGGGGACAACCUGCAGACAUGGUUACUGGAAACUUUAGCUUCAAUGUCACCUACCACGAUGGUUCUGUUACCAAAUCGGUAGAGGAAAAUACAUUAUCCACCAGAAUUACAAAUCUUACUUCGGGAACUAAUUAUACCAUCUCCGUGGCCACCGUUGGACCUGGACAAUUGCAGAGUGACUUUGUGUCAAUAUCUCACUUCACCAAGCCAAAUCCUGUAAAUGGCCUACAAAUCGUGCAGUUUGACUCAACCAGCAUAAACCUGAGUUGGGCAAGACCAGAGCAGUAUAAAGUUGAGUACCGAUACAGGAUAUUGACAGCUGGAAACACACCACCCAUGUUUGAUGAUGGAAAUCAAACUGUAGCAAAUGAAAACGUUACCGUGACGGGACUGAUACCUGGUACCAAAUACAUGUUUUCGGUUAUCACUCUGGCAGGGGAUGGCACUGAAGCAGAUCCAGUUUCGAUAUCCAAUUAUACAGAACCUCUGAAAAUACCAGUGGGAAACAUCACUCUGAACCAUGAGGACACAACUGACUCAUUGAGAAUUUCCUGGAUCCGCCCACCUGGAGGUGUUGAGAACUUCACUGUUGACAUUGAAGAUUGUGCAAAUCCAUCAGCAUUCAAGAACAGCACCACAGUGACAUCAUCAACAAAUACCGUCAUGUUCAACAACUUGCUCCCUGGGAGAUUGUAUUGUGUAAACUUGACAACAAUAAGUGGGCCCCAUCACAUAACUUCAGAUUCUGUAAAAGAGGCCACAAUUCCCUCACCACCUGGACCCAUAGAAGUGACUAGCUUCACUAAUUCCACGAUUGACUUUGCCUGGGGAAGGCCUGAGAAUAUGGAUAUUGGAACUUACAGUUUUAUUGUUACCUACCAGAUAGCUCAAACAGCAAAUAACAUGAAUAAAUCUAUAGAAGAUAACAAAUCCAGCAUUGACAACCUGGAGUCCGGAACCAACUACACCAUAACUAUUGUAACUACAAUCCCUCAAAAUUUGCAUAGUACCUUUGUAACAUGCUCCCACUUUACAAAACCAAACCCCAUCAGAAAUCUCAAAGUCGUCAGUAAGAACACUGUAUCUAUAAAUCUGUCUUGGGAUGACCCACUUGGGCACAGGAGUGAGUACAGGUACAGAGUGCAAACAGAUGACAGCCCAUCUUCCAUUAGGGUGAUCAAUACCAAUUUUUCUGUGAUCAGUGACUUGACGCCAGGAGCUAAUUUCACGGUCAACAUCUCCACUCUAGCUGCAGAUAACACUGAAUCAGACUUUGUAACCUUAAACCAGUGCACGGAUGCGGCUGCAGUUAAUUCUUCUUCACUGAAGUGUACAGGGAUAGAUCUCCAGCCUGUCCUUAAAUUGGAUUGGGCAUGUCCAGAUGGAAAGAACAACGGCUUUUCUAUCAAGGCAACAAACCUCAGCACUCAGCUAAAUUAUACAGCUUCGAGCUGUACCUCACGAAUGCAAGAAUUCACGCUGAAUGAUGUUGUAUUCUUCACAAAUUAUUCUGUGACUAUCACCACUUUGUCAUGUGGUAGUCCGAGUACAUCAACCCGCGUAGAGUGCACGUCUGGCAUUACACACCCUCCCCAGCCUGCUGGUAAAUUACAAGUGCCAAGUGCUGAAGUUACACACAAAACAAUUAUGUUUGAGAUCAAAGAAGAUGCAUUUAAUUCUGACAAUGGUCCACUUAAAGCAAUUGCUGUGAUUGUUACAAAAGAAGAAAACAGAAGAAGUCCCAAUGCAGCAGUUCUCGAAACAGCCUAUAAUUCUGUUGUUUCAACUUAUGUAGCCCAAGUUAUUGAUCUUAAUGAUGGAGUUCGAAAAACCAGGGCACCAGCUCUGGUUACUCCCAUCACUGUCACUGUAGGCAACAAUGAUAAAAGUCAUGGAUAUGUUAAUCAAGAGUUGACUCCUUUAACCGCAUACCGACUCAGCUUGGCUGGAUUUACAAAAAUAACAUUUGGUGCAGACGAUAAAAUCGUUUCAAAUACAUCCUUCUAUUCGACCUAUGAAUAUUCGGAGAAGAUUUUCUUGAAACAAAAUCCAGAUGUUAUUAUUGGAGCUGUGGUUGGAACUAUCCUAGGGGCAGCAGUCAUAAUCCUGUUGGUUGUGCUACUCUUCUGGUGGAAGAGACGAACCAAGUCCAACAAUGGGAAUUUAACCCAACUUCCAAUCCCAGAUAUCAGGGAAGCAAGACGUGCCAUCAAUGUGGAAUACUUUGAAGGAUAUUUCAGUAAGCAGCAUGCUGACUCUGACUGUGGAUUUGCUGAGGAAUAUGAGGAACUGAAGACAAUUGGAACCUCGCAGUCAACACAAGCUGCACAGCAACCCCUGAACAAGCCGAAGAAUCGUUACAAUAACGUCUUUCCCUAUGAUGCAAGUCGAGUUAAACUCUCUGUCACUGCAGACCCAUCCAGUGAUUACAUCAAUGCUAAUUUCAUGCCGGGCUAUAAUUCGAAGAAGGAGUUCAUUGCUGCACAGGGACCACUAAUGAAUACAGUCAGCGAUUUCUGGCGAAUGAUUUGGGAACAUUAUGUGCCAGCCAUUGUCAUGCUCACCAAAUGUGUGGAGCAAGGGAGAGCAAAAUGUGAGCAGUAUUGGCCAACUGAACGCCCCCUCAUCUUUGAAGACAAAAUUGUUACUUUGACAUCGGAAAUAGUUCUCCAAGAUUGGACCAUCAGGGAUUUCACGAUAGUAAAGGAUAAAUCUGGAGACAAACGGGCCCUGCGGCACUUUCACUUUACAGGGUGGCCUGACCAUGGAGUUCCGAGCACCACAGGAGUCCUUAUUGAGUUCCGGAACCUAGUGCGGCAGUACAUUAAUCAGUACCCAAUGAGUGGACCUACUGUAGUACACUGCAGUGCUGGAGUUGGCCGAACAGGGACGUUCAUCUCCAUCGAUCGUAUGAUUUAUCAGAUAGACAUUAAAAGACAGGUUGAUAUCUGGGGUAUAGUUUAUGAGCUGCGAAUGAACCGGCCGCUGAUGGUGCAAACUGAGUCGCAGUAUGUCUUCUUGAACCAGUGUGCCAUGGAGUACAUCAAAGCAAGCAAACAGAAAUCUGAUGAUAUAAUCUACCAAAACACACCCGCCCUCAUCUAUGAGAAUGCCUCUGCCAUUCGAGCAGCCAAUGGCCAUGCACUUUAAUGGAAACAGUCUCGGAGCUGCCUUUUUAAAUUCAACUGCACGUUUCAUUAAUUUUAUUUUGUAAAUUAGAAAUGUUUAUUUUUUAAGAGGAAUAUGUGUUCAUACAGUAAGACAUGUUUAAAAUGUAUGCCUUUUUAAUGCUGAUUUGCUACCUUUUUCAAAUAAUAGCUGGGAAAACCCAGGAAGUUGUAGGCAAUCUUUGCCAAACCUUCCACAACUUGAAGGAACACUUUUUGAGAAUCUUCCGUGUAAUUCAUUGCAUUUUUAACAGCACUUUUCAUUGGUGUUGUACAGAUGUGGGUACUCUCUGUAAUUUCACUUUUUAAUCUGCAAGCUAAACUCUUCUAGAUAACACUGGUUAGUGUAUGAAAUAAAGACUGCCUUUCAUGGGAGUGUCUCAGAAAUAUUCAAAUUUCCCAUCUUUCUGGCAAUUCUGUGAACCUAAUCAUUCAUCCAAGCCAUUGAAGCACAAUGUCUCCAGGCUUCCACCGCAGAAAUGCAAAACCUUAAAAGUAUCACUGGAAUCUGGCACAAACUGUGUAUGUUGUUUCCUAAUGUGGACCUCCCAUAAGUGCUUUCAUGAAACCUGAUAACAUUGCAGCCACUUCUCACAACUGUUGCUUUGUUCAAAUCAACCCAAUCAAAAAGGAACCCGUUCUCUCAUGUAUCAGAAUAUCAAGUGAAGUGGGAAACUUUGUUCUGCACUUACUAGUUAUCAACGUUAACUGAAUCACCCCAGCAUGCCCUAUAUGUGAUAAAAUUAUUUAAUUCUUCCAUUUCCCGGUUCUGUGGUGAAGAAAUGUUCAUCAUGCAGUGUAGCACCAGAAUCAAUACGCAUUCAGCAUGCAAGUUAUUCACCUGCUUAAACAGAGUUGUUCCUCAUACUUUUUGAAUAAACUGUCUUAGUAGACCAGGCUUUACACAGCUAUACUGUGCCUUGCACCAUAACUAAAGGACAAAAGAGUUACAGGAGGCAGUUUACACGGCAGAGAAUCCAUUGUGCAUGUGUGUGCCUACUGAAUGACCUGCUGAAUGUAAAGAUUUAGAUAUCCAUAAAGCAUUGCAUAACAACAAAAUUUUGUUUUGCAAACUUAAUAUUUUAAUUGCUUUCAACACUGAAACAGAUUUGUCUUAGAGCAGCCAGUCUUAGUGAGUCCUGAGAGGUGGUUAGGUCUGGGUUAAUUUUCAUGUAGGUCGUGAGAAAUCUUUAAGUCAGGGUGAAGUAUCUCUGUUCUGAGCAUUAGUAGGAACCUGUCAGUGUGAGCCAAUACCUUUAAACUUAUUAACUAAUACAUUUAAGGAGUAUAAUAUGUAAACUUUGAUUCUUGAACUUGCAGUAAGGAAGUGAUACCUUUCAGUAUCAAUUUAUUUUAUAGCCUUGUGCUCAGCCUUCAUAACCUAAUUUCAGAGCUGAUGGCUUGAUCUGUUCUAAGUUUCAGGAGUUAUGCAUUUGUAAGAUUUUAGUUGUGUGUAACAGAUGUGAAUAAGUGAAGUCAGCAAACCAUAGCCAACUACAAUCCCUGGUAACUCCUGGAUUAUCCAAAAACAUCAUUACAGCUGGAAUAUUUAUUUUGUUUACUUUGUUUAUCAUGAAGAACUUUGAAUGGAAUGCAUGCUUUAGUCAGGGCUUUAUAAGGCUACCAUGCCACUGGAAAUUGCUGCUUGGGAAUAGGACUAACCUUUAAUUGUUGUCAUUAGGUCUUUCCAAGCUGUUACAUGGCAAAUAGAUUGGCAGCUACUGACUAAUCUCUCGUGGGUAUUGGCGCUGACAUGGGGUUAAAUGGCAAUGGUGAACUUUUUGACUUCUUUUGGGAAGGGGGAGUAAUUGACAAACCCAAAACUUGACUUGAAAUUUUAAAUACAAGUGGAUUGAGCAACAAAACUGUGUUAAAUUGGAAUUUUUUUUUAAAAAAAAGCUGAAACAAUCAAUUUUAAGUUGGUGUUUGGAGAGAUUGUUGCUGAGCUAUUUGUAUGUUAGGUUAUGGAGUUUAAGGGAGGGGAAACUGUGUUUGAUGAUACUAGCAGCUAGUGCCUGCCCUGAUGCACUUUUUGUUCAAACCAUUGAAAAGGUGCUGAUUUUUAAGAAUUCUUCAUGUGUAUUCUAAAGAAGGGAUGAGUUAUAAAUGUUCUUAGAGUUGUUUAUAUAUUAUAGUCUUCCUUGAUUGCUGGCGUAUGAUGCAAGGGGCAGGAGGAGAUAGUGAAAUCAGACUAGAUCUGAUUAUGUGCGAGAGUCAUUUACCUCUCUGACUAAUCUUCACUGACUGGCUUUCACUCCAUGUGCAAAUCUAAUCCAAAGCCACAUGAAGAGUGCUGAAAAUACAAAGUAGUUGCAAGCAAUUCUUAAACUGCAGUUACCCACAUAUAACAUGAUACUGUAUUAACACACUUUCCUGUGGCAUACCGUGACAUUGAGUACUGUGAUUACUUGACCUCUUUUUUUAAAGUUACGCACUUUAGAUGGUGUGUGUGUGUGUGUGUGUGUGUGUGUGUGUGUUUGCGGCCAACUGAUCCUAGUCAGCCACUUUAUUUACAAUUUAUGGGACAGGUAUCCAUGAGUUUUGUUGCAGAGCUGUGUCUCAAUCACUUAUGUAUCAUUUGUAAUUGUUUGUUUUCUUCACCACACUCUCCUCGCACCCCCCCUAAAAACCUGUAGAACCAUUUUGGAAAGUGAAAACAAAUGCAAGGGAACUACUGUGUAAGAUUCAUGCUAUGUGUCUUCUGAAUCAAUGAAUAGAAAUUGUAAUAUUUUAUAAUUUAUUUUUCAGUGCAUAAACGUUGGUGGGUCCUGAUGUCAGUUUACAGUAUCUGACACUGUGGUACUACCAAUAUAAGCAUUACUGUGCAUAGUGUCUGAAUUGGCUGUUGGAAUGUUGACCAGAGGGUAUUGGCGAAGGACUAUUGAUGAAUGCCUUACACUGUAGACAAUUUGUUCCUUUCUCAGGUUUGUCCUGCCCCCUGAAGGUGCUAACUCAAGGAGAUCUACAAACACUAGCAGCUUUUAGGUGCUUCACCUAAAUAGCAAUUCUUCAAGUGUGAGGUCUAGACUAAUUGUAUCAGCAAGUUGGAGGACCCCUGGAGAACAUAGCAGUCAAGCCAAAUUCUGCCCUCAUCUCACUUGCACGUGUGCACUUUCCAUCACAAGUCACUGGAGCAGGAAACUUAGGAUGGGUUUUAUUCCCAACCAGCCUCCACUCUUCCCAAUUCUGUAGCCUAGCUUCAGAAACCCUCAACUGCUUUCUGGCUGAGAUCCAGUAACUCCUCAUAGACUGAGCCUUUCCGAUUACAUUUGGUUGUGUGCUGCACUGAGUGACACACAUAGAGGUCUCUGACAUUUUUCACAUAGCUUCACAACUCUGGAGCCUGGAGAAUCCAUUCAGGAUUCAUUACUUAAACACGAGUGAUAACUUGAAUGUUACCCUCCAUUAUCAUUUUCCUGCAAUACCCCCCCUGAUCUGAGCCAUUGGAUGGGCAGAACUCUGAUGGACACCUCAAAGAUGGAGAAAUGAAAGGCUCUCUGCAAUGAAGGAGAUUUCCUUGUAGAAGUGGGACGGGAGUGAAAUUGAAAUGAUCUAAGCUCAAAAGCUGUGCUGCAGGGAAAACAAAUGAUGUCUGAGCGUCUUUAUCAAUGUUUCAAUUUUCACAACAAAAGCAGAAAACCAGGCCAAAUGUGACUUUGUCUGUGUUUGAGUUAAGUGCAGAAUGAUCUGUCCACAGAUUUUUGGCAUUUAAGUAAUUCUUGUCCAGGUGAAGAAGGGUAAAAGCUAUAGGGGCUUUAGGUAUAGAGCACAUUGUCUAAAUUUCAUAAUCAGAAGCUCUGUGGAGACAUUGUGGAAAUGAAGGAUAUGGUGAGGGAGGCAGAAGCCAUUUGCACAGCACUUUCUAUCAAUCAUUGUACUAGAUCAUUUAACUUAAAUUCAAAACUGUGUAUAUUUACGUUUAUAUUAGAUAAUAAGUAGCAAAUGCACUGGAUGCAUCUUUGAGAGAAAUCUAUUUAUCCCAUCUGCUCACUGCUAUUAAGAGAAAAGGACUGAUUUUUAUCUGAUGUGGAAUUAUAUCUUUUCUGCUGUUGUAUUGGAUUCUUUAAACUUGGUAAUUGUAGGAAGCUCUGCAUUAAUGUGAUUAUCGAAUAGAGCUCCUAAAGCACCACUGAAACUCCAUUUUGAACUUUGUGUUACAAUUUAAUGAUGUAAAAAAUUUAAUGAUGUAAAUUUCUAAAUAAUGUAAAAGGAUGAAUGUUGUAAUUAAAGUAUAUGUUUUUAAC